GAUUACCAAAUCGUAAAUCAUAAUCAUGAAGUAAAUGGAGUUGGAAUGAGUUGCUUGUAAAAUAUCGAUAUUAACUUAAAAAUUUUCAACCUUAAUAAAUAGUUUUCACCGGCGAUCUUUAAAAAUGAGUUCAGAGGACAAUACAGCCGUAAUGCCUGUUUCUGAAAAUACAAAUGCUGCUCAAGCCCAGGGGGAUGGUGGACAAACAUCUCAGUCACCUCCAGCCCAAAAUCCACCUGCAGCUCAGCAUUCUUUCUGGUCAAUCUUAAAAGGAAUAAUAUUGCGAGCAGUUAUAAUUUAUUUUAUAACUAGUUUUUUCAGACGACCACAAACAGCUACUCCAAACACUCAGAGUGGUGCCAUGCCUACUAAAACAUCUCAAAAUCUCUUUCAAAAUGGAACAAUAAUGGAUCUAUAUGUUUAUCUUUCUGAAGAGCAAAAACCAUCCUUUAAAGAAGACUCUUUAAUUUGGUUUCAACCAAACAUUAUUUAUGGUGAUUGGUAUGGUGGCCCUAAUGGAGAUGGAACUUAUACUCUUGAAACCAAAAUUGAUACUACUGAAAAUAUGCAAAGAAAUAGUAGCAUUUGGCUACAUACAUGUGUUGUUAGGCAUGGGAAAUCACCUGCUUCAAGAAUUAAGAAAAGACUUGCUUGGCAUGAUGGUAUAUGUAAAUCUAAAAGAAUGAAUAAGUAUAAGAAGCUUCGAUAUCAACGCACACAUAACUUAUUGACUGGAGAGACAGCUGCAAGUGCUGAAGAUAUAAAAAAAGCAGAAGAAAGUCCUCUGGAAAUUUUAUCCCAUUGGCAUCCAAAUAUGACUAUUAAUAUCAUUGAUGAUCACACUGCUUGGGUUCAAGGCCAUGUUCCUCCACCUUUAGAUGAAUUUGUGGAAUUCGACCCAGUAUCUGGUGACUACUUGCCGAUUUUGUACAUAAAUGACUAUUGGAAUUUAAUGCGAGAAUAUUAUCCCAUUAAUGAAACUGUUAAGAGUUUACCAAUUCACUUAACAUUCCAACCACUUUCUCUUUUCCGCUGGCAAUUGUAUACUGCUCAGGCAAUGAGGUCCCGUUGGACUUCGAUUUUGGGGCAAGAUUUGAUGGAAGAAAGUGAUGAAGAUCAGGAUUACAUGAAAGAAGCUUUACUUGAAACAUCUCCUAUCCUUUUAGGAUUGACAUUUGUUGUAUCUAUUGUACAUAGUAUUUUUGAAUUUCUUGCUUUUAAAAAUGAUAUUCAGUUUUGGAACAACAGAAAAUCCUUAGAAGGAUUAUCUGUCCGAUCAGUCUUCUUUAAUGUAUUCCAAUCCAUUGUUGUGCUCUUGUAUGUAUUAGACAAUGACACAAAUAUGGUUGUCAGAAUAUCAGUGUUUGUCGGACUUUUGAUUGAAAUUUGGAAGAUACACAAAGUUACUAAUGUUGAAAUCAAUAGAGAAGAGAAAAUAUUGGGCAUCAUUCCCAAAAUACGAUUGACAGAUAAAGGAUCGUAUGCUGAAUCUUCUACGAAACAGUUUGACACUAUGGCAUUCCGCUACUUGUCUUGGGUGCUCUUCCCUUUACUAGGGUGCUAUGCAGUGUAUUCACUUCUUUAUUUGGAACAUAAAGGAUGGUACUCAUGGGUAUUGAGCAUGUUAUAUGGAUUCUUAUUAACUUUUGGUUUCAUUAUGAUGACUCCCCAAUUAUUUAUCAACUAUAAAUUGAAGUCAGUUGCUCAUCUUCCUUGGCGAAUGCUGUCUUAUAAGUUCCUGAAUACAUUUAUUGAUGACAUCUUUGCUUUUGUUAUCAAGAUGCCAACCAUGUAUAGAUUAGGUUGUUUUAGAGAUGAUAUUGUAUUCUUCAUUUAUUUGUAUCAAAGAUGGAUCUACCGAGUUGAUCCAAAAAGAAUGAAUGAGUUUGGAACUAGUGGUGAAAUCGAAACUCAGCGUUCAGUAGCUAAUGGUGCCGUUUGUACAACUUCUGAAAAACCCAUUGAAGAAAAGAAAAAGGAUUAAUGUUUAUUAUUUUGUAAUUUUUGUUUUUUAAAAGGGUUGUUAUGUAAUUGUAAAUUAUAUUGUUUUUUUUUAGGUACCAUAUAAUUUGUACCUGUUUUUCCCCCUUGUUUGUAUAAAAUUAUAUACACUUAAUAGUAAAUUUCUCUAUUCAGUGUUUUGUGAAGUCUAUGUAUUAUAUCUGCAGUUAGACUGUUUAGCUUUGUCCCUAUUUCACAAGUAGUAAGGGGAUUAUGUGCUUUCCCUAUAUUCCUUUUAAAUGAAGUUUUUGGCCUCAAUUUUUUUUUUAAAGAGCAAGAAAAGUAUUAAAAUAACGGAAAUCUCUUAAAAUAGCUGGGAUUAAUAGUGUUUUUCUUAUUUAUUAUAUUUUCGAUUUAAAAAAUGUUUCUUUGCUUAUUUUCAUGCAAAUGUAUGAAUGUGUAAAUAAAUGUGACAUUAUUUAAAUACAAUGGAGCAAUUUGUUAAUAACUUGUUACAAUUUUUUUGAAUAUUUAUGGUUAAAAGAUUAUAUGGUUAAAAGCGUUUUUAGCUAAAGCUUCUAAAGUAUUUAUUAUUAUGUUUGUAUAGUACAUAAUGAAAAUGAAAAGUUAUAUUGUGUUUUUCCACCCUUCUGAAAUCAGCCCUCUCAAUCUCAUUUUGUGUAUUGAUUCCUUUUGGUAGUAACAACUACUUCUGUGACCAAGAAGAUAUCAUUAUCAUUACUAUUAUUCAUAAAUAAGUUUACAUUGGGGGUUAAUGCAACGAAAAUUUCGGUUAUAUCUUUUAUUGAUCAAUUCAUAAGUUAUAUAAUAGUCUUUUUAUGGUGUACAUAGUUAGUAUGAUCUUUCAAAAUUACUAUAAGAGUCUUAAUUUCUUUUUUCUAUAUUUUGUUGUUAAUGCAAAUUUUUAACAAAAUGUUUUAAUGUUAAAAAUCUUUUUACUUGUAAGGAAUUCUUUGUUGAUUAUUUUAAAUUUACUCAUAUUAAUGCCUAUAUUGUUUUUAUUUGUAUGUUUUCUUUGUAUGCCCCCAUGCAUUACUCAUUUUACCAUUUAAAUCUCCAAAAUCUCAAUGUUUGAAUUAUUUUUUAAUUUAUUUUAAUGUGACUUAUGAAUGUUUGUGUGAGGCCAUUAUUUGUUUAUUUUGAAUAUAAAUUUGUAGUCAGUUACAAUAAGAAUUUUAUUCAAAUGAAGCUUCCAAAAACUAAAUGUUAGUGCCAGUUAAUGACUUUGUACACCUAUCUGCCACUUUUUCCACAUUAAUUAUGCAAUAAGUAUUGGUUACUAAUUUUUUUUACAAAGCUUUAUGACAAAUUACUUAUUAUAUUAUGUGCAACAAUGAAAUUGAGUCAUUAUUAUUUAUUUGGCUUUAUGAUUUUUAGUUAUGGAUUAUUUAAUUAUUAUUUCAUCAUUUAUUUUCCUCCUUAAUUUUGAAGUUACAAAUAAAAUUCUGAAUUAUUGUUUUUUUUAUAAAAUCCUGGUUUUAUAAUAAGGUCUCUCUGUACUUUAUACUCUCUUAAAAUAAAACUAAAUUUUGUCAGUUAAGAAACUGGAAAAAAGAAUAUUAAUUCUUGUGUAUAUCUGUACUUAAAGUUGCAUGCAUAAAAACCACAUCAAAAUAAACUUUCCUGUUUAAAUGUUUUGGAGUUAUUUAUCUGUAAUAGAUUUUUUGCAUGCUUUUAGUUUUUUAAAAUUAUUAUUUUCCAUCUAUUUAGAAAGCACCGUGUAAUGUAUAGACUGUAUGUUUUAGCAGCAAUUUUAAUUUUAAAAAUUAAAACAAAAAUGAAGUAAAGUUUUUGUUCCAUUGUUAUCUGGCGUUUUUUCUUAUUGAGAGCAGAUGAAUAAAAUGUGUGUAACAGAAAUGCUUAUGGAAUAAAUAAAUUACUGUAUUUGAUUUUGUUAUCUUUUUAAUUUUGACAUUAAAUUUGCUGAGCAAAAAUUAUUUAAAAUUUAAUUCAAUAGUAUAUUCUUCAGAUUUAUUACAUGCUCUAAUUAAAAGAUUAUAAUUUUUUUGUCUUUGAUAAAUUAAUUAAAUGUAAUAAUCUUAAUUUAGAUGAAAUUCAGCCAUUUCUUUUUGAAGUCAUUCAUUAAAAUCUUUUUUUUCCUUGAAGUUACAUAUUGCAUUACUGGGUUCAUUACUGAUGAAGUGAUUCAUUACUCCUGUUAUUUCAGUUUAUUAAAGUAUAAAAUGUAUAAAUAUUAUCAGUUGUUUAUUCCCAUUAUUUUUUCAUUUGUAAAACAAAAAAUAUAUAUUUUAUGAUUUGUAUAUUUGUUUUAAAAAAUGACAGUUUUGAAUGUAAUACUCAAUGAAAUUCAGAAUUUAAAAAAAAUUUAUUUAUAUUAAUAAUUUGUUGUUAAGGAAUAUUUGAGCUUUCUUUUAACAAUCUUAUUUGUCUUCAUUAUCAUUUGCUGCUAAAAUGUGAAAAAAUUUGUAGUUAGAAUCUCAACAGAAAGUUUUUUAAACUUCUUUUCCCAUAUUCAUAUAAGAUGUAUUUCUUUUGUAACAAACGUUUUAUAACUAUGGAUAUUAUAUUAUUUAUGCCAUAAAAUAAUAAUUAAAAAGUAAUAUGGCUAAUUUCGCUCAUUUAAUGUGAAAAUUUUUAAAUGAUUAUGAAUAUUGCUUUCUUUGUGAUAAAUGCUGAUCAUCAUGUGAACAUUUUAUUAGUAAAAUAUUAGAGUAGGUUUAUAAAUGCCUAAAAUAAGGAAAUUUUUUUCUGCAAUCUUUAUUCAAGAACUAUUUUAUCAAGUGUUUUGUCUACAAAAAUUCUUAUAAUUCCAAAUAUGUAGUCUAAAUAGAAUACAUAUAAAGAUUAAUGUGAUAACAGAAUAUAUAAUAGUUUUUAGAAUAUUUUUGUUAUCAAUAUCAUUUAUAUAUGUGUUCUUUGCCAAAAGAAGGGGAAAAAAUUAUGUUUUUCUGAAAAUAUAGAUAAAGGAAAGAAGGGAGGGUAAUGGGCUGUAUGUGAUACAGAAUUUCUAACAGUUGCUUUUAAUGUAUUUUUGUUAUUCAUAUCAAUAAAAGUUUCUUAGCACUCUU